UUUGCUCCCACAACGCACCAGUCGCUACGGAGAGAACACUGCAAACUUUGCUUUAAGUGGAACUUUUUAAUCUUGCAUUUUAUUUUAGGCGUUUUGAGGCGUCUAAAUUGUAAAACUUCAACCAGAUCAGAUACGAUGAAGUACAUCAUCGGAAUUGGAGGUGUGACUAAUGGUGGUAAAACCACCCUGACGAACAGGUUAAUUAAAGCCUUACCAAACUGCUGUGUGGUUCAUCAGGAUGACUUUUUCAAGCCGCCGGAUCAGAUAGCAGUCGGAGCGGAUGGCUUUAAACAGUGGGAUGUGAUCACAGCUUUGGAUAUGGAGGCCAUGGUGAAUACCAUCAAGGGCUGGGUGGAGAACCCCGUUAAAUUCGCCCGCUCUCACGGCAUCCAGUUGACCCCGGCCGCAGAAAUGGACGACCCCGAGAGCCAAGUGCACAUACUAAUCGUAGAAGGAUUUCUACUGUACAACUACAAGCCUUUGCUGGACUUCUUUGACAAGUCUUAUUACAUAACCAUCCCUUAUGAGGAGUGCAAGAGUAGGAGAAGUACACGACAGUACACUGUUCCUGACCCUCCUGGACUAUUUGACGGUCACGUGUGGCCCAUGUACCUGAAACACAGAUGUGACAUGGAGAACUGCGGUUUGCCAAUUGAGUACUUGGAUGGCUUGAAAACAAAAGACGAAAUGUACACCCAGGUUUACGAAGACAUCCACAAUACACUUCUGAAUCGCUUAUAGCAGGAGCAGGCUGCCGCCCAUAAUCUGUACAAUAUUGUAAAUACGAAUCUUACUUGAAUUGGACUUGUUUUUUUUUUUGUUUUUUAACAUACAAUUGUUGUAAAUAAUUUGACUGGAUGUAACUUAAAUACUUGUGAAGGAACUUUUUGCAUUACCACUUUGAGGACUGUGUUCCAUAUUUUACAUUGUUUUUAAGUUUUUGUGACUCUUUCAAAGCACUCCUUGAUGACUCAAUUCUGGAAAGUGUUUACCACAUAAUAAUGAAUUUCCAAAGUUUGAUUUUUUUUUUUUUAAAUGUGACCAAUAAACAUUGUGCUUUGAACUUUUUAUAUAUUAA